AUGCCUGUCGGUGGCGUUUUGGGGGCCAUAUUUCUGCCCGGCCAAGAAGAGCAGCGCUACGCCUACGAGCACGCCAUGGAAGUGCACAACCUCAGGGACCCUCUGUUCGGAGUGACCACACACACCGAGGUCGUCGACUCGGACGACCCCUACCAGACCUCAAAGAAACGGCUGCUGAAGCUGCAGCACCUGUUCCAGCUGACGACGGACCGGUACCACCUGGAGGUGAGGGUGGUGCGUCGGGUGCGCAACGCCAGCGACGUGAACGGCUACCUGCGCCGCCUGGAGGACCGAGACCGAGAGUCGCGCAAGUACGUGGUGCUCGACUGCACCGCCGAGACCACCCGCGAGAUCAUCAUCAACCACGUCCGGGACCCCUUCAUGGGCCGGAGGAACUACCACUUCCUGCUCACUAGCCUCAUCAUGGACGAGUUCCAGAACAACCCGAGCCUGGAGUUCGGCGCCGUGAACAUCACGGGCUUUCGACUGGUCCAGAACAGCACGCUUCCCUACAAGGAAGUGUUCACGGAACGCAUCUCCAGGAUCCCCUGGCCGGACCCCAAAAAGAAGCGAAUUUCGGCUGAUGCGGCGUUGAUGUACGACGGUGCCAAGGUGCUGCUGAACGCGUUUAAGCGGCUGCUGAAGGACUACCCGACCAUCUUCAGCAAGAACUUUCGCCGCGGCGAGGUGUACAACAACAACACCAGAGGCAUCGACUGUCGUAGGGACCGGGUCAUGCCCUGGGAGCACGGAGAGGAGAUUGCCAAGCGGAUACGCACGGCCAAAAUGAAAGGGCUCACCGGAAAUAUCAGCUUCGACGAACGAGGCUUCAGAAUCAACUUCACCAUCGACGUCGUCGAAAUGACCAUAAACAGCGAGAUGGUCAAGAUAGCUGAGUGGUCCGACGUCAAGGGGCUGGAACUGUCGUCGCCUAAGUACCGUCGUGUCUAUCAGGACACGGGGUUCGAGAACAACAAGACGUACGUGGUCACAAGUAUCCUGGAAGAGCCCUACCUGAUGUUCAAGAAGGCCGAGCCGGGCCAGACGUUGACGGGCAACGACGUGUUCGAAGGCUACUGCAAGGACCUGGCCGACCUGGUGGCGGAGCACCUCAAGUUCAACUACACGCUCAAGCUGGUCAACGACUCCAAGUACGGAGGCCAGGACGCCAACUCGCAGGCCGGCUGGAACGGCAUGGUCGGAGAGCUCAUCCGACAGGAGGCAAACAUGGCCAUCGCCCCGCUGACCAUCACCUCCGCCCGGGAGCGCGUGAUCGACUUCACGAAGCCCUUCAUGUCCCUGGGCAUCAGCAUCAUGAUCAAGAAGCCGAUGAAGAAGAAGCCCGGCGUGUUCUCCUUCAUGAACCCGCUGUCUCGCGAGAUCUGGAUGUGCAUCAUCUUCGCCUACGUGGGCGUCUCGGUGGUCCUGUUCCUCGUGAGCCGCUUCUCGCCCCGCGAGUGGCGCUACGAGGAGACCUUCGUCGGGCCGUCUGUGUCCAACGACUUCUCGCUCUACAACAGUCUCUGGUUCUCCCUGGGCGCUUUCAUGCAACAGGGAUGCGACAUCUGCCCCAGGUCCGUGUCGGGUCGCAUGGUGGGCAGUGUGUGGUGGUUCUUCACGCUCAUCAUCAUCUCGAGCUACACGGCCAACCUGGCCGCCUUCCUCACCGUCGAGAGGAUGGUGACGCCCAUCAACUCGGCCGACGACCUCGCCAAGCAGACCGAGGUCGAGUACGGCACCCUCUGGUUUUCCUCCACCCAGGAGUUCUUCAGGCGGUCCAAGAUCGCCGUCUACGCGCGCAUGUGGGAGUUCAUGAACUCGAACAAGAAAGUGUUCACGUCGUCGUACGAAGAAGGCAUCCGGCGGGUGCGCGAGUCCAAGGGCAAGUACGCCUUCCUCAUGGAGUCCACCAAGAACGACUACAUCAACGAGAGGCAGCCCUGCGACACCAUGAAGGUCGGCGGAAAUCUCGACGCCAAGGGAUACGGUGUCGCCACUCCGCUGGGAUCCACGCUCAGAGAUCGUCUCAACUUGGCGGUACUGUCGUUCAAAGAAAACGGAGACCUGGCUCGACUCGAGAACAAGUGGUGGUACGACCGCAGCGAGUGCAAAACAGGAGACAGCAAGGAGUCUACUCAGAAUGAACUGACCUUAAGUAACGUCGCCGGGUGCUUCUACAUCCUGAUUGGUGGCUUGGUGCUAGCCAUGGUUGUGGCUCUUCUAGAGUUCUGCUACAAAUCACGACUUGAAGCGUCCAGAUCCAAAAUGAGCAUGUACGACGCCAUGAAGGCCAAAGUACGCAUGUCCAUCACGGGGACCCAAAAUGGCGAGCGGAGCCUGGAUCACGGGGAGCGAGGAAGGCUCUAUAAUCCGCCGUCUCACAUGAUGCCCCCGGACGGCUUCGGAGAGAUUCCCGGCGUCAACACGCAUACCCAGGUCUAG